UCUCUGACAGCAAGUCUCAAGCGAAACUGUAGAACUAGGGGAAAUAAUGCAUUGUUUUGAAUCUUUACAUCGCCCUUUGUCUGUUAUGGCUCAUCACUGUCUGUGUAGUUCUAUGGUGUUAGAAUGGAAUUUAUCAUACUAAUUUAAAGCAGGUGAAUUCCGAAACUAAGGGGAGAAAAGUGUAAUCAGUUAGUAAUCAGAGAAUGUAUUUUCUUUCAGACAAAUCAGCCCAUAGCAUUAUGAAGAUGACCUCCAAAAAAAUCACCUAUUCCCCUUUAAAUUUAAGCCACCCUUAUCGAAUGUGUUGACAUGGGCUGUGGUGGGGAAGUGACUGGCUGCUUGGUGUCCGUUAAGUUGCCAGCACCAAAAACAGCACAGCAAGCUUGGCACCGAAAAGUAAACAACACACAGCUAACACAAAUACGCGUAACGCGAACAAUAGCGUAUAGCUUCCGUCAAUUUCAAUUUACAGACAGUCGAAAAACAUUCCUAUAAUAUCAGUGAACAACAGAUGGAGGAGGUGUGUUUUCUGUUGCCGGGGCACGGUGACGUCGCCCUGCGCAACAUGAACAACCUGCGGAGCCAGCAGCACUUCUGCGACAUCACCAUCGUGGCCAGCGGGCGCCAGGCCUUCAGGGGUCACAAGGUCGUGCUGGCCGCCUGCUCGCCGUUUCUCAGGGACCAGUUCCUCCUCAACCCCUCAUCUGAGCUACAGCAGGUGUCAGUGUUGCACAGCGCCACCGUGGUCUGCAAGCUGCUGCAGUCAUGCUACACGGGCAAGCUCAAGUUCCACCCCAAAGACAUCGUCAAUUACCUGACGGCCGCCAGCUACCUGCAGAUGGAGCACAUCGUGGAGAAGUGCCGCGGCGCACUCAGCAUGUACAUGCAGCCCAGGCACCCCAGCCCACACAGGUCUAUGAAGAUGGAGGAGUCCUCCUUGUCCAUGAGUGUGGAGUCGGGGUUAGCUGAGCGGAUGUCCUCCCCCCAGUCUCACAGCCCAGAGGCCAGCCACCACACAGACACCCUGCAGGCCAAGUCAAGGGCGUCCAUGGCGGCCACGUCACAAGAAGACGUCGACGGCGGCGACACCUUCGAGGUGCUCCAGAUCCGCAUCAAGGACGACGGCGACCAGUCGCCCGAGCAGAUCCACGAGAUCGACGACGAGAUCGGCGAGGCCGUCAUCCUGAGCGACGGCUGCCUGGACUCGGACCCCGGCGGCGGUGGCGGCGGUGGCGGCGGCCCGCAGAUCCUUCUGGACAGCGUGAGGGGCGGCGUCAGCGUCGGAGCCCUGGGCCUGGAGAGGGACGGGGGCUCUCGCUCCACCUGGAGACGCCGGCUUCUGGAGCCUCGCUCGGGACGCGGCGGGAGGGGGUUCCGUCAUCGACGACGCGGCGGUAGCGCGCUGCAGAACCGGCGAGCGGGGACGGUGACGGUCACCGGUGGUGGUGGAGGAGGGGGGGUGUCGUACCAAGAGGCAUGGCGCUUCCCCUCGCCCGCCGAGAUCAUGGCACUGGGAGGAGACCUGAGCUCGGCCUUCCAGCUGUCAGGCCACCACGGGGGCGGGGGCGCAGCAGGGGACGGCAGCCCUCCCAGGAUGCAAUACGGGCUGGGCGAGGGGCCGGAAGGGAUGGGUGAGGAGCAGGGGGCGGAGAACAUGACGGUGCGCUACGGGCUGGACGAUGGCACGGGGGAUGGCAGUGGUGGAGCGAUAGACAUGGUGGCAGUGCCCGGGGGUGGAGAAGAGGAGGAUGGCGGGACGGGGGCGGGUGGCGGCGGCGGCGGUGCGUCGGACGACUCGGUGGCGGUGGUGGGCUCCACGUCAUGUGCGUCGGGGCCCGUGGCGUGCGACCACUGUGGUCUGGCCUUCCCGUCGGCGCAGUCCCUUCUGGUGCACAUCCGCGCCGCCCACCUGCCCUACGUCUGCCCCUGCUGCGGCAAGCAGUUCACGCACGCCAGCAACCUGAACCGGCACAUGAGCGUGCACCGCGGCGCCAAAGUGCAUCGCUGCCCGCUCUGCCACAAGACCUUUACCCAGAAGGCCACGCUGUGCGACCACAUGAACCUGCACAGCGGCGAGCGGCCCCACCGGUGCGCCUAUUGUCACGUGCGGUUCGCGCACAAGCCCGCGCUGCGGCGCCACCUAAAGGAGCAGCACGGGAAGACCACCGCGCAGAACUGCAUGGAGGCGCAGAGGGAAAGCGAGGCGGUGGCUGCCGCCGUGGCAACCGGAGGUGGAGACGGAGGGAUAGAUGGAGGAGGAGGAGGAGGAGGAGGAGUGGAUGGAAUGUGAAGAACGCAAACUGUCGGUUGAAUAUGAUGACAGUGGUGGUGGUGAUGUUGGACCUGAUGUGAAAACACAUCUAUGUGUUUAUCGCAUAUAUGAUCUGAUACGAUCGGGACAGAUGGACGCAAUGUCAUAUGAUGAUGAUGGACGCAUAUGAUGUGAUGAUGGUUGUGAUGAUUUUAUGCCUUUUUAUAGUGACUGUCAAGUGAUACCGGUUGGGGCUUUAAAAAAAACAAACAAAAAAACACGCUACUACUGUUCUUUUUUUGGGGUAAUUUACAGAAUUCGCCAUCUUUUCUGAGGUUCAACAAAUGGGUAUUGAUUGACAGGGUUAAAUGAAGCUAAAAGCACUGCAGUCAGACUGGGAUGUUGCUUAUGCAAUUCUUUUAAAGGUGCACUGUGCAAGAUUGUAGUCAGAGUAGGUAUUGCAACUAUUAUACUGCUCAUUGAAACUGUGCUGCCUAUGGCCACAUUUGAUGUUUUCAUGAAUAUUUACAAAGUGAUAAAUUAGUAUUUACUAGUAAGACCAAAGUACAAUACUUUUUUUCAGCUAGAAAUGUCUAUUUCUAGAAAUUCAAUGGCGGACCAUGGAGAAGAUCCCCCUUUUUAAGUAUGAAAAAUGCUAUUUUCCCAGUCAUAAAUAAAACUUAGAAUUGGUGGUGGUAAGUAUUCAUGAAAGAGGUAACAUUUGUGAAUGGGCAGCAUGAAUUCUGGAAAUAAACUACAAAAAUGUUACACGGUGCAACUUAAAAUAAAAAUAGACAAAAAAUAACAUAAAAUCAGAAAGGCAAUACCCAAUUGUGUAUCUUUAGGAGGGAUGGUUGAAUAAGUGUCAAAUUUUCCCAAAUAAUACUUACUGUGUUCCUGUAUCCUACAGGUGUGUGUCUUAUAUUGGAGGAGCAGAGGGCCUGUACUAAGAACACGGUUCAGGAGUA